CGUACAACUAUUAAUCCCAGUGGAAAAUUCUAUUGGAUCACGAAAGCAUGGAAGAAGCUUGCUUUUCUACGAUUCCAGACAUUUCUUAUUAGAAGAAGCUCACGAAUAAGUCGAAACACUGACGAACAAGUAUCAAAACGAUCGCUCCUUUGGCCCUCUGGAGAUGUAGCGAUGUCUUACUACUCGGCACAAGUACGACAGAAUUGUGAUCGAUCUUACAUGGAUUCCACUUCUCCUGUUGUGGAAACCAACCUAUUUGUGACUCGUGUUUGUGUCCAUGCGUCUUUAGCAAACGUGACAGAAAAAUUCGACGGGAGGAACAACGUGCCAGAUCCGCGGUCACCUUACGGGUGGAAAAAACGAGUAGGAAUUCGUAGCAGACGAAAAUGGCUUUCGACUUCUUUGCCGGAUGUUUGGGAGGGUGCGCCGGUAUUAUGGUGGGAUAUCCUCUGGACACCAUUAAGGUCCACAUGCAAACGCAAGAUUAUCGUAACCCCAAGUAUAAGGGCAAUUGGCACUGCUUCCGAACGAUACUCGCAAAAGAAUCGGUAGCAGGUCUUUACCGAGGCAUGUCAUCACCUGUGGCUGGCGUGGCAAUGGUGAAUGCCAUCAUCUUUGGCGUUUACGGAGAAAUUCAAAGGCGGAUACCUGAUUCUACCUCCUUGUACUCUCACUUUGUCGCGGGUGCCUUAACUGGGAUUGCUCAAAGUCCCAUCAGCAGUCCCAUUGAAUUGGUGAAGAUGCGUAUGCAGCUACAAACGUCCACUGCACAAUUUUCAGGACCCAUGGAAUGUCUGAAGCACACGUAUAAACACGAAGGAUACCGUGGCCUAUUUAAAGGUCUGGGCAUUACGUUUUUUAGAGAGGCUCCAAGCUUUGGAAUCUACUUUUUUACGUAUGAAGCGUUGACCAGAACAGCAGACAACGGUCCUGUUUCGACACCGUGUAUGCUGCUAGCUGGAGGCCUGGCUGGUACUGCUUCCUGGGUGAUCUCCUAUCCUCUGGACGUGGUCAAGUCUCGAAUUCAAGCCAACGGAAAUCGCUACGCUGGAGUGAUCGAUUGCCUGAAACGCUCGGUAAUGACAGAAGGCUACUCAUGCUUGUACAGAGGUCUGAGCUCAACGAUCCUUCGAGCGUUUCCGACAAACGCUGUGACAUUCACCGUAGUCGCAUGGACGUUUCGAUUAUUAGGACAGGAAGCCAAUAAGACGACGGAAGGGGAGGCGAUAUCAAAGAUGGUAGAAUCAAUUAGAGAGAUUUCAGAGGCACGUGAACCCUUGCUGGAUAAGUGAAACAUCUUUCUAACAAACGCAACCAAAAGCAUAUUGGUUCAUAGGCUGCAUUACUCUACAGUGUCGAAGAUAUCGAACGAGUUGAAGCUCGGCUGUUGCAUUCUGUGUCAGACUAACAACACGUGUACGAAGGAGGUAAUUUAGUGCAGCGAGCAAGCACUAAGUGUAAUAAAGGGGAACAAUGAGAAAUCGAAAGUAGCGAAGGAGGAAGGUGAGGAGGAGUAUGCUGAGAAGAAAAUGGAGCGAAGCGUUGUCGAACAAACGGUGAAUGCGAUUUCUAGCAUUCCAAGUUCUAGAAAGGCGAUAUUAAACGGAUGGACAAAAUUGUGAUGGAUGUAGACAUGUGAUUUCAUAAUUAUGGGAUUGAAUAAUGAAAUGUAAUAUAAUUAAAGUGAUGCGAUU